AUCACUUUUAAGGACACAAUGCCAAAGAAAAUGGGAAUGAACUCAAAGGCGGUGGAGGCCCGCGAACGCAAGGAGGCCACCAAGAAGGCCACGCAGGAAAAGAAGACCAAGGAGGCGGAGGAUCGCCUGUGGCACGAUGACGACAAGAAUCUGGCCAAGAAACAGCAGCGCAAGGAGGAGGAGGAUCGCAAGCGGGCGGAGGCGGCCAAGCGGAAGGCGGAGGCCAAGGCGCUCCUCGACCAGGAGAUGUCCGCCAUCAACACGCAGCGCAAGCAGCCGCUGGCCAAGAUCAAUCGCCAGCAGAUUCUGGAGGAGAUCGAGAAGAAGCAGCGCGUGAUUGAGGCCAUCAACGAGGCCAACAAGCCGGCGGCCACGCGAGUGGUGGUGCAAAACCAUGUUGUCGAGGAGAACCUCAACCGAUCCAUGGCCGACACGGAUGUGGCCUCCAACAUUGACGAGGCUAUUGUGGUGCUCAGUGUCAACGACAGCGAGGACGACAAGCAUCCCGAGAAGCGAAUGCGCGCCGCCUACAAGACCUUCGAAGCCAACAAUCUGCCCCGCAUCAAGGCCGAGAACCCCUCGCUCCGCAUGUCCCAGUGGAAGCAACUACUGAUGAAGGAGUGGAACAAGUCCCCGGACAACCCCUUCAACCAGGCGCGCUGAGUGCUAAAAAGGACGAAUUUCACCGACCCCUCGACGAGUGUGCGUACUCUAGUGACUGUUUGCUGCCUAGCAGCAAAGACUAAUCAAAUGGUUCUGAAUCACCUUUGAACUAUACGCAGAAUUUAGUUUAUACAAAACAUUGUGGAAAAAAUAAAUGUAUUUAUUUAUUUAAGCCCA